UGAGUUGGCACAGAGGAACCUUGCGGGCUACAGUCCAUGGAGUCACAGAGAGUAAGACAUGAUUUAGUGCCUAAAGAACAGCAAUGAGGUGGCAAGUGUGAGGGCCAGUUAGGCACCUGCCACAUUCAUCUACCUGGGAGAAGCUGAAGUGAUAAUAAAGAGGAGAUCUGUGAGAUACUUAAGUGGUAAAGUUGAAGGGAAUUUGUUGACAAAAUUCAACUAACCAGGAGGGGAAAAAAUGGGAGUUUUAUUUGAGCCAAUCUGAGGAUUAACCUGAGACACAGACUCUCGGAAAGCUGUUAGAAGUCAAAGACAGUCAUAUACAUUUUCCAAAGAAUUGUACAUCAAAAUGACAUACUGAUAUUUUACAUAAAGUUCACCAAGGAACCAGGUAGUCCCGGUGAACUUGUACAAAGUAAGCAGCAAGUCACCAUGCCCUUCUCCAGAGGUGAGAAAGAAUGAUAUUCUUUUAAGAAAUCCCAUUGCUAAUGUCAAAAGAAAGGAAAAAAAAAAAUUAUGGUUGACGAGCACUCCCAUCUUUGAGGGAUUCUGAUUAACAUGUAAUGAUGCACACUGCAUUUGACGCAGUAAGCCCAAACACACAGAAUUUUAGGUUUAAUUUUUUUCAUGUUCUGCUUUGAAAUAUAAAACAUAAAUUUUAUUUCAUCAGGAUCACUGAAGACAUGAGUGAGGGGAGCUGUCAAGAAUAACUGUUGGGUCUUCUGACUUGAUCAAAUGUGUGGAUGAUGAUUCCUUGUGUUAAUGGGGGAAAUGGAGGGGGAACUGAAUUAGGUAGAGCAAUAGGGUGGGCAGUGAUGACAGAGUUCAGUUAGGGCAGAUUUAGGAGAAAUUUCUGACCUUCAGCAAAUGAAUGGCAAAGGAAUUAGAACUCCCACAGCAGACCCUGAAGCAGCAGACUCCCCAGGCCUUGGCCUUACCUAGAAAAUCCUCAGACACCAGCCUGUCCGCACCUCCUCUCCUCCUUCUACCCUGUGUUCUCUAGCUGUCUUCCAGUCGCUGAAACACACAACCUUGCUCCUUUCUUUGGGACAUCAUAUUCAUUGUUUUCUCCACUUAAAAGCAACUUCCAAAAAGAGGCCUUCCCUGAGCACCCAAAUCUGAAGUGGCCGCCAAAUCCCUCUCUGUUUGAACUCUUAUCCUCUGCAUGCCUCAUCAUCUCAUCCUCUCAGGAAUUUAUGUUGAUGCAGUUAACUCCCUGGGCCAGACAGCCCUUUUCAUUGCAGCAUUAUUAGGCCUUACAAAAUUAGUUGAUGUCCUGGUGGAUUAUGGAGCAUAUCCAAAUCACCGCUGCUUUGAUGGGAGUACUCCUGUCCAUGCAGCAGCAUUUUCAGGCAACCAGUGGAUCCUCAGCAAACUGCUGGAUGCAGGGGGUGAUCUUCGACUCCACGACGAGAAGGGUCGAAACCCGCAGACCUGGGCUCUGGCAGCAGGGAAGGAGCGCAGCACUGUGAUGGUGGAGUUCAUGCAGCGCUGCGCGGCGCACAUGCAGGCCAUCAUCCAGGGCUUCUCUGACCUCCUGAAGAAGAUUGACUCCCCUCAGCGGCUCAUUAGUGGCCUGCCCCGGUUUGGGGGCCUCAUGCAGGGAAACCCUAACGGCUCUCCUAACCGACCGCUGAAGGCUGGAGUCAUUUCUGCCCAAAAUAUCUACAGCUUUGGCUUUGGAAAGUUUUAUCUCACAGGAGGCACACAGCUGGCCUAUCUAGGAUCUCUUCCAGUAAUUGGAGAAAAGGAAGUGAUUCAAGCUGACGAUGAGCCCACCUUCUCUUUCUUCAGUGGCCCCUACAUGGUCAUGACCAACCUGGUGUGGAACGGGAGCAGGGUCACGGUGAAGGAGCUGCACCUCCCCACCCACCCGCACUGCAGCAGGCUGCGGCUGGCUGACCUGUUAAUCGCCGAGCAAGAGCACAGCAGCAAGUUGCGGCACCCCCACUUGCUGCAGCUGAUGGCUGUGUGCCUGUCCCCGGACCUGGAGAAGACCCGCCUCGUGUACGAGCGCAUCACGGUGGGCACACUGUUCAGUGUCCUCCACGAACGGCGGGCCCAGUUCCCCAUGUUGCACAUGGAGGUGAUCGUGCACCUGCUGCUCCAGAUCUCCGAUGCCCUGAGAUACCUGCAUUCCCGGGGCUUUAUCCACCGUUCCCUCAGCUCCUAUGCCAUCCACAUUGUCUCCACGGGGGAAGCGAGGCUGACCAACCUGGAGUACAUGAUAGAAAGCCAGGCUGGGGGUGCACACAGGGACCUCAGUCGAGUGCCGCUCCCCACCCAGCUGUACGGCUGGGCUGCCCCGGAGGUCAUCUUACAGAAGGCGGCCACCGUGAAGUCGGACAUCUACAGCUUUUCCGUGAUCAUACAGGAGAUUUUAACAGACAACAUACCCUGGGAUGGCUUAGACGGCUCAGUCGUUAAAGAAACCGUAGUCUUGGGAAAUUAUUUAGAAGCUGAUGUCAGGCUUCCGAAACCUUACUAUGAUAUUGUUAAGUCAGGCAUCCAGGUCAAGCAGAAAGAUAGAACUAUGAACCUUCAAGAUAUCCAGUAUAUUAUGAAGAAUGACUUAAAGGAUUUUAUUGGAGCCCAGAGAACUCAGCCAACUGAGGGUCCCAGGGUGCAGAGAUACGAAUUUCAUCCUGAUGUCAAUGUCUGUCUAGGACUAACUUCAGAACAUCCAAAAGAGACCCCUAACUUGGAAAUAAAAGAGCUGAAGGAAACAGGUCCGGGAGCGAGCAACAAGAAUAAAAGCAGAACACAAAAUCUGGUGCAAUGGAUCAGGGGACCUGCAGCCUCUACUGGACUGAGGUGCAGGAGUCCACUCUGAGUCCAGCUGUUAUUCCUGAUUGCAGACUACAAAACUUUCUCUGAUCCGUCUUUCCCAAGACGCUACA